UUCCGCUGGUGCUGUCGUUUCCUGCUCGUCUGGCCAGUUGCUGUGCGACGUCAGCCCACAAAGUUUUGGACCCAGCAAAGACUAUACGCCGCAGCGUUUGGCUGCCGAACAUCUCGACAUGGCUCCGAAGUGGACAGUCGGCCGAGCCCGCGGCGGGGCGACGAGGACGCGGUGGCUGCUCGUGCUGGUGAGCGUGUCCGUGUGCGUGUGCGUGUGCCGAGCAUCAUCACAGACUCAGCAUCAGCAUCAGCGGCGGGAGGAAGAGGAGGAGGAGGAGGACAGUGCCAAUGAGAACAUCGUCACGGAGAAGAAGGCUGAGGAGAGCCACCGGCAGGACAGCGCCGACUUGCUCAUCUUCAUCAUGCUCCUCACCCUCACCAUCCUCACCAUCUGGUUGUUCAAACACCGCCGCUUCCGCUUCCUGCACGAAACUGGGCUGGCGAUGAUCUACGGUUUACUUGUGGGCGUGGUCUUGCGCUACGGCAUCCACGUCCCGCGGGACAUCAGCAACGCGACGCUGAGCUGCCACGUCAACGCCAGCCCCGCCACGCUGCUCAUCAACUCCAAGGGGAAGUUCUACGAGUACACGCUGAAGGGCGAGAUCGGCGCCAGCGAGGUCAACGACGUGCAGGACAACGAGAUGCUGCGCAAGGUGACCUUCGACCCUGAAGUGUUCUUUAACAUCCUGCUCCCGCCCAUCAUCUUCCACGCUGGAUACAGCUUAAAGAGGAGACACUUUUUCCGCAACAUGGGUUCCAUUCUGGCGUACGCCUUCUUGGGGACGCUCAUUUCCUGUUUUGUCAUCGGCUUGUUAAUGUACGGCUGUGUGACGCUGAUGAAGAAGAUGGGGCAACUCAACGGGGACUUCUUCUUCACCGACUGUCUGUUCUUCGGCGCCAUCGUCUCCGCCACAGACCCCGUGACGGUGCUGGCCAUCUUCAACGAGCUGCAGGUGGACGUGGACUUGUACGCGCUGUUGUUUGGCGAGAGCGUGCUCAACGACGCCGUGGCUUUGGUUCUCUCCUCGUCCAUCGUGGCGUACCAGCCACAAGGCGACAACAGCCACACUUUCGAGGUCAUGGCCUUGCUCAAGUCCUUUGGGAUGUUCCUCGGCAUCUUCAGCGGCUCCUUCGCUCUGGGCGUGGCCACCGGAGUCGUCACGUCGCUCGUGACAAAGUUCACCAAGCUAAGAGAUUUCCAGCUGCUGGAGACGGCCUUGUUCUUCCUCAUGUCAUGGAGCACCUUCCUUUUGGCUGAGGCUUGUGGCUUCACAGGCGUGGUUGCAGUGUUGUUCUGUGGAAUCACCCAGGCCCACUACACCUUCAACAAUCUGUCGCCAGAGUCCCAGGACAGGACCAAACAGCUGUUUGAGUUGCUGAACUUCCUGGCGGAGAACUUCAUUUUCUCCUACAUGGGUCUGGCCCUGUUCACCUUCCAGAGCCACGUCUUCAACCCCAUGUUCAUCGUCGGGGCUUUUGUGGCAGUGUUCCUGGGGAGGGCGGCCAACAUCUACCCCCUGUCCUUCCUCCUCAAUCUGGGCCGACGCAACAAGAUCAGAUCCAACUUCCAGCACAUGAUGAUGUUUGCAGGACUGCGAGGCGCCAUGACCUUUGCCCUGUCAAUCCGAGACACGGCGACGUACGCGAGGCAGAUGAUGUUCUCCACCACGCUGCUGGUGGUCUUCUUCACCGUGUGGUUCUGUGGCGGCGGCACCACCCAGAUGUUGUCGUGCCAGCGCAUACGAGUGGGAGUGGACUCGGACCAAGACAACUCUGUGAGCAUCGGCGAAGGUUCCGAGCGACGAACCACCAAACAGGAAAGUGCCUGGCUUUUCCGCCUCUGGUACAACUUUGAUCACAACUACCUGAAGCCCAUCCUGACCCACAGCGGCCCCCCCCUCAGCGCCACGCUGCCCGCCUGCUGCGCCCCCCUCGCUCGCUUCCUCACCAGCCAGCAGGCCUUCCAGAACGAGUGUCAGACCAAGGACGACGACUCCGACCUCAUCCUGACGGACGGCGAGGUCAACCUGAACUACGGCGACGUCACCGUCAGCACCGACGCCACGGGGCCGCGCGCCCAGGGCGACCCCGACCAGGAACUGGCGUGCGGCGACCAGGAGCUGGUGAUGAGAGGCACACGCCUGGUGCUGCCCAUGGACGACUCGGAGCCGCCCUUCACAGACCCCCGCUUGUGAAGCCCCGCCCCCGCACGCCACUUCCUUCUUAUUGCUUCUUCACUUCCGUCCUUCAGCUUGUCUACCUCAUCACGCCGCCAUCUUGUUUGUGUUGGCGGCACCUGGCGGCGUGUGUCGUCAUGGUAACCGCCACAGUGCCACGUGCGAGGGAGGCAGGAGGGCCACUAAGGUAGCAUUCUGUUCCACAAUCAGACCUGAACAAAUGUACAUUAUUUCUUACUAGGAGUGUCAAAAAUACAUUUUCAGAUCAAUCCUAUUUGUAACCAUUCUUAAUCCAUUCCUAAAAAUUUAAAAUCGAUUAAAUUAUGUUUUUUCCCA